UUCGCGCAAUGCGCGCGAAACGUCACUGUCAAAGUUUCUUACCAUAGAGUACGGUAUGAAACCUUUUUGCAAUAAGUUUCAUAUAAUCCUUAUGUUACAUUGUACAUGAUACAUGUUUUAAAAUAAUUAAAGAUUUGUGUUUUUUUUUAAAUUGUGAUUGUAACCUCUCUAUUUCUACCUCGAGUGUCAUGUGAUUUUUUAAAAAUGAGUUAUGGAUACGCGGAUUUUGAAUUGAAUAAAAACUGUUGUGAUGUUAAAAGUGAAACACAGACUGAAGAGAGGGAAGAAGUUCAUGUUUUGGGUCCAAGUAGACGGUGUUUGGCCUGGGCCUGCAAGGCCUGUAAGAGGAAAACUGCAGCGGUUGACAGAAGAAAAGCGGCAACAUUGCGGGAAAGGCGACGGUUAAGAAAAGUCAACGCAGCUUUCGAAGAGUUAAGAAUUCGUGCGAGGGCUGGCAGUGGUCGGCUUCCAAAGCUGGAGAUACUCCGAGCUGCUAUUCAACAUAUAGAGAGGCUGCAGGCUGCACUAAGAGCUGCUGCUGUUUUGGAGACAGAGAGCUGCAAAGGAUACGUCGAGCCGCCGAACUCGCGAACAGAAAUCAGAGACAAUAAGAACGACUGGGAGAAGCCUUUUUUAAAUGGGGAGUCGACGUGCGGCCUUAACAGUUUGGCAAGACUUCGCUGUAUAGUACAGGCAUUAGCUAAAGACAAUGUGUAAUUUAGUUAGAUUAUUUAUUUACUAGAAAAUUAAUAAGCGUAAGAAAAUAGCCAAAUAUUAUAAUAAACAUGUUGUGUAAAUUAUUUGUAUAAUUGUAAAAAUCGUGCUAAAUAUAGUUUUAUUUUUGGAAAUGGUAGAAAAAACACUUGGUAAUUCAUACAACUGUAUUUUCAUAAUUUAUUCUUACAUGGGAAGCCAAAGAAAUUUUACCAAAAAAUAAACUACAAAGUGUUACUGUAUUAGAGUUCAGUAUAGUGCCUUACAUAAUAUUUUAUUUGUUAUUCGAAUAUGG